AAUGUUCUAAGCAGAAAAAGGAGCUAAUGCAAUUCCUGGAUAUACAGGGUAUGAGAAUGAUUUAAUGUAGAUUUACUCAAACAUAGAAUUUUGAUGCAGAUUUAUUGUAGAUUUAAGGCAAUAGAAAUCAUAUUCCAAGUUAUAUUCAUUAUGUAACUGUAUUUAGAUUAUGCUGGAUUUGUGCCAGGUAUAAAAGCUGAAAAUCUGUUUGGAAAAACUUUUGGGAAAAUCACACUUUUAUCUGGUACAAGAUAAAAUCACUAAGGGUAAUUAAAUUGAGAGAUGAUUGAAUCUAGAUCUAAUUUACCAGCAGAUCUCAGAUAUAGAAGUGAAGUCAAGGAAGCUUAUUGUGAUCAAAAUCAAUAAAGAAAUAAAGAUAAAUUACUCUAUGGAAAACUUGAUUCUGAAACUUCUGUAAUUGAUAUUCAAUCUAUAUUAGAAAGCACUUGCUUAUUCCUUAUCAAAUUUAACUAGUACUUAGAUACCAAAGACAACAAAAGCAAGAGGUAUUUUUAAGUUAUUAUUAUCUAGUCGAUACAAAAGAGAGAGUGAGUAAUAUGAGUUAUUAAGAAGCACUAAAAUAAGCUGGAAAAUGAUU